AGGCGGGGAUUCAAGGGGCUGAGGACAAUUCUGGUUCUGCUAGUGGCCUUCCAGGCUGAGCGCCCCAGCUCGGAGCCCAGGCCAGAAUGGCAGCUCAAAUCACAGUGAUACACACUUGCACACACAACACACAGAGAUAGAAAGCAUACAGACAUGAACAUGAAGACAUGCAGACCUACAUGGACUCCCGAACAGAACUACUCACAGACACUCUGAGGCACACACAUUCUGGAACAGAGGCACACACGUACCGGGAGACACACUCAGGUUAACACAUAGUUGUGCAAAACCCAUAUGCACAAAGUAGUGGCACACCUAUGGGCUGAUGCACCUCCAUGAAAUUGCUUAUCUGUUUCCCUUGGGCACCUGCCAUGUACCAGCCCUGGCUGGAGGCUGGGUCAGGCCCACUCUCUGCCCCGGGGGGCUCCUGGUCGAGAGGCAGAUGCCCCAAACCCUGUAACUGUCCCCCGGUCAUGGGAGAAGGUGUGUCCAGGGCAGGAACCAGGCCCAGAGCAGGAGGCGCUGACCAUGGUGUGGGGCUCAGCUGGUCGGAGAAGGCUUCUUGGGGGAGGAGCCACACGUGCUGAACCUUGAAGGAGUCAGCAGCUGAGAAGGCGGGGGAGAGCUCACUGCUGGCAGAGGGAACAGUCUGUACAAAGGUGUGGAGGAGAGGGUCCCCGAGUCCUGGCACCAGGGGAGGACAACGACCUGUGGCCAGGGUGGGGCUGAUAAGGCCCCCAUCAAUCACCUGAGCCUGCCCCUCCCUCAGUGGGGCCUCCUUCCAGCAGCUCAGCGGCCUCUGGGAGAGGAAGCUCUGCUGCUGCCAAGAUGCCGUCGCCUCAGACAGUGGCCUCCGGGCCGGAGCUGCACAGCCCCAGGGAGCCCGUGGCACCCCAGAUCCCAGCUCAGGGCACUUGGAGGGCAAGCAGCGAGGAUGCGUCCAGCGCCCAUCGUGAGGGCUUGAGGCCUGGCCUGGGCACCUUUCGGCGGGCCUUCUCAAAGGCAAGCCAGCGGGCCUUGGGCUGCGCCCCCCAGGAGGACCCAGGCCUGCUCAGGCGCAGCUCCCGCUUCCUUUUCCGGUCUUUACGGCAUGCUCUGGACGAUGGCCCGGCUGCUGACCAGACCCAGGCUACCACUGGGCCAGGGGUGGCCCACAGCCGGGAGGUGCCCUCAAAGGCCAUGGACGGUGUCCGCCGGCAGUCGUCCACUGGGGCGGGGCCUGCGGAACUAGAAGACAAAUCUGUGGCCGACCUCAUCACGGAGCGGAAACUGCUGGCGGCCUUCGAGCAGCUGCGGCACCUCGAGACUCGGCUAGUGGCCGAGAAAACCUCGCGCACCUUCGAGCAGGACCCCACGGGCUUUGCGCGGCGCGCCAUGGACGUGUGCCUGCACUACGACGGGCUGGCUGCGGAGAUCGGCGCCAUCGUGCUCGAGACCCUGGGCCCGGACGGCGUGGACGCGGCCGUGCUCGCGGAGCUGGCCCGCGUGGUGCGCGCGGAAGAGGAGGCCCAUCCAGAGCCCCCUGCAGACGGCGACUUUCUGCGCACGCCGCGCCACUGGCGCCAGCGCUGGGAGGACGCGGUGCGGCGGAGCGCGCAGGAGCGCGUGCAGCAGGCGAGCGCGGGCGAGGCCCCGGGGGCAGUCGAGGGUGCCGCCGGCUUGGCCCAGCUUCUGGCCGAGCUCGGAGGCUUGGUUCGCCGCGACCUGCAGAAGGUGCAGCUGGAGGUGCACCCGGCUUACGCGGCCGCCGGCUAUCCCGCGUGGGAGGCCUACCUGCGCGCCUUCCACGGCGCGGUGGCCCAGCGCCUCCAGGAGCUGGCGCACGACGCCCGUGGCUGCGAGCAGCUCUACGUCCUGCUGGACUGGGCCUCCAAUGUCUAUGGCAGUCCUGACUUCCUGGGCUCCCAGGACCUGGCUCUGCCCUCGGAGCCACUGCCCCCGCUCCUGGCACCCGAUGUGUGGGCCCGACUCGAGAGCGACUACACCAGCUUCCUGGAGACCAAGAUCAUGAGCUGCUUCGAUGGCAUCCUGCAGCUAGAACAGAGUCGCUGGGUGGCUGCCGAGGCCCCCGACGUGCUGCAGGGCCACUACCAUACGCCGCUGUCCAUCGACGUACACAUGCUCGUGGCAGAGCACGUGAAGGCAGCCGGCGCCAUCUCCGCGGAGCUGGAGGCCACCACCUUGCAGAUCUGUGCGCGGGCCCUUGGCCUCUUCCUGCGCAGGUUUGAAAAGGCUUUUCUGGAGUCGGGGGCGGUGAGCGAGCCUAACCUGUGCGCCAACAUCAAUGCCUGCGAGGAGUUCAGAACUCAUCUUCUGGCCAGGUUCCCAGGAAGCCUUGAAGAGCUGGAGAAGCCCCUGGUGGCUGCCACCUGCGCCUUUCAGAAGCGGCUGCUCCAGGGCUUGCAGGGUGAUGUGCAGCCGCUCUUCAAGGUCCUGUGCACCAAGGCCUGGCUGACACAGGACGUGCUGCAGCCCCUCCUGGACAAGGUGGUGGCGUUCGCCGGCCACCUCGAGCACGUGGUCCGGCCCCGGGCGCAGGAGACUCUGCAGGAGGUGCACCGAUACGUCGUCCGCGAGUACCUGGCGCAGGCGCUGAGGCCACGCGAGCGGUUCCGGGGUGUGGAGCGCGUGAGUGGCUCCCAGAAGAUGGGCCUGGACGCCCAGGCCAUUGGCAACACCUUCCAGGGCUUGGGCUCUGAGGCCACUUGGUUGGGCCGAGCUAUCCCGUGCGUGGCGGACAUACUGGGCGAGACUUACAAAGACGACAUCCGGCGGCACCUGGAGACACUCAUCGGGAGCUACCCCGACAUCAGGCGGGACCACGUGCUGGCCAUUCUAGCGCUGCGCCGACUGGGCCGCCAUCGGAACCAGCACCUCCUGACGCAUGCCCAGGACCUGCUGAGGGCCGCGGCCAAGGCAGGGGGCCCCGGCGCUGCUGGGGGCCACGUGCUCUUCGAGGAGAUCGAGGUGCCCCCCUCCAUGGAUGUGCUAAUCACCUGCAUCUAGCGCCCCUGGGCCUGAGAGGGGGCCGACCCCAGGUGGAGGGCUGGCCACCUUCCCCCAGGCACUGAGCCCCGAGUCAGGAGCCCAUGGCCAUGGAAUUUCCAUCCUCAGCCACGCAUGUCUGGUGACCAGAAGGAACAGCCAUGAGAGAGGCAUUUCAGGCAUUUGCGGGGGAGGGUUUGGGAGUGUCAGAAGUUCCCAUCAGUACUGCCCACCCAGGAGGGCCUCCCUGCCUAACUGUCCAGCACCACCCCAGUCUGAAAGUGAAGAACAGAGUAUUUAUUUUUAAAAUAAACAUGAAUUAAAAUG